AUGGGGACGCUGCCCCUCAGGGAGUUAAGUGACUUGCCCAGGAUCGUACAGGUGGAAGUGCACCCUGUCCCCAGCAUCAUUGGUGUAAACAGCGAUGAGUACAGUUGGAUCAUCCCCUCGGUCAUGAACAAUUCUGACACCCAGAAGGAAACGGACAGAGAGACCAUAAAGGAUGGCUUGCAGAAAAUAUCAACAAUGAUGGAUCCAUCUCCCCAGUCCUGCCUCUGCCCCUCCCGGCCCCUGCCGGCCUGCCUAACCUGCCUCUUCCUGAUCCACCUGAGUUUGAUGCCGCCUGAGUUUGUUGACCUGUUGAUGGAGGAGUACACAGGGGGCAGUGAGGACUUCCAGACCCUCCGAAUCCAGUUCCCUGAGACCAUGGGGGACUGCAUCUUCGUGAUCCCUGCACUCCAGGUAGCAAAGUUACAGUGUUCCUACACCCCUGUCUACUUCUACGAGUUCCAGCAUCAGCCCAGCUUCUUCAAGGAUGUCAGGCCGAGCUGUGUGAGGGCAGACCAUGGAGAUGAGGUUCGCUUCAUCUUCAGAAGUCCUUUCGGGAGCAGCCACAUCCAACUCACUGAGGAGGAGGAGCUGCUGAGCAGGAAGAUGAUGAAGUAUUGGGCCAACUUUGCUCGAAAUGGGAACCCCAACGGCGAGGGUCUGCCCCACUGGCCGCCCCACUGGCCUGCGCUGAACAUGCAGCCUGCAGUGGGCCGAGCCCUGAAGGCCCGCAGGCUCCAGUUCUGGACCAAGACCCUACCCCAGAAGAUACGGGAGCUAAUGGAGGCCAAGGAGAAGCACACAAAACUGUAGCUGCCUGCGUCUGGGGGGAGGGGGGUGGAGGGGAGGGCU